GGUGGCCUCUUGCCUGGGCGGUGAGGCCCCAACCCACUCUGCUCCCAGACGACGCACAGGCCGCAGCAGCCGCAGCAGCAGCACCUGGGCCAUGGCAGAGGACGGGCCGAAGCAGCCGCAGCUCAGCAUGCCGCUGGUCCUGGACCAGGACCUGACCAAGCAGAUGCGGCUGCGCGUGGAGACCCUGAAGCAGCGCGGGGAGAAGCGCCAGGACGGCGAGAAGCUGCUGCGGCCGGCCGAGUCCGUGUACCGCCUCGACUUCACCCAGCAGCAGAAGCUGCAGUUCGACCGCUGGGAUGUCGUGCUGGACAAGCCAGGCAAGGUCACCAUCACGGGCACCUCCCAGAACUGGACUCCCGACCUCACCAACCUCAUGACGCGCCAGCUGCUGGACCCUGCCGCCAUCUUCUGGCGCAAGGAGGACUCGGACGCCAUGGACUGGAACGAGGCCGACGCCCUGGAGUUCGGGGAGCGCCUGUCUGACCUGGCCAAGAUCCGCAAGGUCAUGUACUUCCUCAUCACCUUCAGCGAGGGCGUGGAGCCCUCCGACCUCAAGGCCUCCGUGGUCUUUAACCAGCUCUGAUGGCAGCCGCUCACUGCUGCGCCCUCCCCAUGACCCCUGCCCCCACCUGUGUAUUUGGGGACAUUUUCCUCGUUUCCCUCCUGCACCCAGCUUGGCCAGGCUCCCCCAAGCCUGUGUCCUUCCUGCGCUCCUCUCCGUGGUGCUGGUGCUCCUGCUUAGGGAGGAAGAAGCAAAGGCUUUGUAGCCUAGAAGCGGAACUGGCUGCCGCUGCUGUUGCUGUAGACCACAGAGGCCAGGUCGGGGCUCGUGCAGGAAAAUGGAGGGUCCACAGGCAUCUGCCUCUGCUGUGCCUCCUUGUUGGGAGAGAGAGACUGAGGGAGACCAAGGGAGAAACACAGAGAGAGAGAGAGAGAGAUCCAAAGAACCAGCCAUCGGGCUUCCUCUGGGGACGGGGAGUGGGAGGUAGCAGGGCGGCCUCUGGGGAAGCCAGCAAAACAGGCACUGGCUGUCUGUCUGUCCAGCCACAUCCAGGAAGGCGCUGUUCCUGGCACGGGCCUGGGUGGUCCCAGGAUGGCUUGGGGGCCCUCAGGACAGUGGGCAGGGUGGCCGCGGGAGUUGGUGUGGGCAGUGAGGAGUGGCUGGCAUGUCGGAGGCUAUGCAGCCGUCUCUUGUCCUUCUGAGAAUGACUUCAGGAGGGGCGAGGUGAAUGGGACAUGGAAACGUCACACGGAGAGGCAUCUGUGUGUACAUACAUGCACGUGUGCACUGAGGGAGAGCACGCCGUAUUCAUGUGGACACAUUCCGGAGUCCCUGCCUCCCCUGUGGACAAACCCGAUUUUAGAUGAUCUGCUACAUAGGUGCCCAGCUGGUUCACGAGCAGCCCGCUGUGGGGGCUUGGUCAGGAUGACCUUGGGGAGGGGCUUCCUGAGCUGGGAGGUUCUGAGGUCUGUGCAGUGACAGGAACAGUGUGGCGCAGGGGCUCCCCUCUGCCUGGGGUGGGGCUGGAUGGAGCGGUCCCGAGCUCUGGAGCUGGGACAGCAGGUCCUCGGGUGUCCCAUCUGUUGUGGCAUCUCUGGCAUCUUCAGUGGAGUGGAGGCGGUAGGGGUGGCCUGGUGGGGCAGUUGUGGUGGCUGAAGUGGACUGGAGGCAGCAGCCUGCUGUGACAGGCUGCCCCCCGGCCCAGCCCACCCACCAAACAGGAGGCUGCGACAAGGUUAUCCACAGACGCAGUUCUGCUCCCCGAGCCUCACCCUGCUUCACACCGCGCAGACCCAGCGAGCCCCCUUGGAAGGAGGGGCGCGACCUGCCUGGCAUCGGCUGAGGGCACCUCAGGAAGUGCCCCCAACACCCUCUCUCAAGGCCAGCCUUGGUUUGGGGCCCGGGUGUGCCCAUGACCUUUCCCUCAUGAAGCAAAGCCAUUGGGGGCCACAGGGCCCUGGGAACAGAUGCACUGAGAGUCGAAGGGCCAGAGCCUCCCCCGCUGGCCGAGGCUGCUGGGAGGGCGCGUCCCCACUUUGGAAGUGUGCAGGCAGAGUGAGUGUGGGGGUCUGGGUUCUUUAGGCGGGAGACUGGCAGUGGUGUGGGCGACGGUCCUCUAACUCGCAGC